UCCAAACUCUACACGAAGAUACACAGUCCACUGAGAGAGGAGGACCUGUGCCUGCUGAAGACCCCUGUGUUUCUGACUGCUCCCUGGUUCUCUGAAGGGCCCCUGUGUUUCUGACUGCUCCCUGGUUCUCUGAAGGGCCCCUGUGUUUCUGACUGCUCCCUGGUUCUCUGAAGGGCCCCUGUGUUUCUGACUGGUUCCUGGUUCUUUGACGGCCCCUGUGUUUCUGACUGGUCCCUGGUUCUCUGACGGGCCCUCGUGUUUCUGACUUGCAUCUCCUUGCAUCUCCUGACUGGCAGUUGUCAUUCUUCAUUGGCCCCUGGUUGUGUGGGGGCUCUUGCAGAGAUGCCGCUGUCACGGUCCCUGUCCAUGAGCUCCCUGAGUGGGGUGCUGCCGCAGUGGGAAGACGACGAGCUGCCUGUGGAUGACCUCCUGCUGUUUGAAGUGUCCUGGGAGGUCACCAACAAAGUGGGAGGGAUCUACACCGUGAUCCAGACCAAAGCCAAGAUCACCGUGGACGAAUGGGGGGACAACUACUACAUGAUGGGCCCUUAUUUUGAGCACAACUUCCAGACUCAAGUGGAGGGCUGUGAACCCCCAAACCCUGCUGUCAAGAAGGCCAUUGACGCCCUCACCAACAACGGCUGCAAGGUGCACUGUGGGCGCUGGCUGAUCGAGGGCAGUCCGUACGUGAUCCUGUUUGACCUGGGCUCUGCUGCCUGGAACCUGGACCGCUGGAAGGGCGACCUGUGGCAGAGCUGCCACAUCGGGAUGCCCUUCCACGACCGUGAGGCCAACGAUGCCCUCAUCCUGGGAGCCCUCAUCGCCUGGUUCUUCAAAGAGGUAACAGACGACCUGGGGGACAGGCAGAAUGUGAUCGCACACUUCCAUGAGUGGCAGGCGGGGCCCGGGCUGGUCCUGACCCGCUCACGGAGGCUCCCUGUGGCCACAGUCUUCACCACACACGCCACUCUGCUGGGGCGCUACCUGUGCGCGGGCAACGCCGACUUCUACAACAACUUGCACAAGUUUAACAUCGAUAAAGAGGCCGGGGAGAGGCAGAUCUACCACCGCUACUGUCUGGAGAGAGCAGCCGUCCACUGCGCACACGUCUUCACCACCGUGUCCCAGAUCACUGCUGUGGAGGCCAGCCACAUGCUGCACCGCAAAGCAGACGUGGUGACCCCCAACGGCCUGAACAUCAAGAAGUUCUCAGCCAUCCACGAGUUCCAGAACCUCCACGUCACCAGCAAAGGACGAAUCCAGGAGUUUGUGCGAGGACACUUCUAUGGACAUCUGGACUUUAACCUGGACAAGACUCUGUUCUUCUUCAUCGCCGGACGCUACGAGUUCUCCAACAAAGGAGCCGACAUCUUCCUGGAGUCUCUGUCCCGCCUCAACUACCUGCUGAGGGUGCACCGCAGUGAUGUGACCGUGGUGGUUUUCUUCAUCAUGCCCGCCAAAACCAACAACUUCAACGUGGAGUCGCUGAAGGGUCAGGCCAUCCGCAAGCAGCUGUGGGACACGGCUCACUCUGUGAAGGAGAAGUUUGGUCAGCGGCUCUAUGACUCUUUACUCAGAGGCCAGAUCCCCGACAUGAACGCCAUCCUUGACCGCGACGACUUCACCAUCAUGAAGAGAGCCAUCUAUGCCACACAGAGACGCAGCCUGCCUCCGGUCACCACUCACAACAUGCUGGACGACGCCACUGACCCCAUCCUGACCAACGUGCGCCGCAUCGGCCUCUUCAACGACCGCAACGACCGUGUCAAGAUCAUCUUCCACCCAGAGUUCCUGUCCUCCACCAGCCCCCUGCUGCCCAUGGACUAUGACGACUUUGUGCGCGGCUGUAACCUGGGAGUGUUCCCCUCCUACUACGAGCCCUGGGGAUACACUCCUGGUGAGUGCACGGUCAUGGGCAUCCCCAGUGUCACCACUAACCUGUCAGGAUUCGGCUGUUUCAUGGAGGAGCAUGUGUCUGACCCCUCUGCAUAUGGGAUCUACAUCGUGGAUCGUAGGUUCCGCUCUGCAGACGACUCGUGUAACCAGCUGACCCAGUUCAUGUUCAGCUUCUGCCAACAGUCCCGCCGCCAACGCAUCAUCCAACGCAACCGCACCGAGCGCCUGUCCGAGCUCCUCGACUGGAGAUACCUGGGCCGGUUCUACGUCCACGCCCGGCACCUGGCCCUCAGCAGAGCCUUCCCAGACCAGUACAAAUUGGACCCCAUGUCAUCUCUACAGGCAGAGGGCUUCCAGUACCCCAGGCCGUACUCUGUACCCCCGUCCCCCUCUGCCUCCCUUCACUCCACCCCCCACCACAGCGACGAAGAGGAUGAGCCCUACGACGAAGACCUGGAGGCAGAGAGGGACCGCAUAAACAUCAAGGCUCCGUUUGUGUCCAAUGGCAAGAAGAAGAAGCAGCAUGGAGAAGCUGGCAACUGACCUCCACCUCACCUCCAUCCAACAGCACGGAGCCCGGCAACUAACCUCCACCUCACCUCCAGCCAACAGCACAGAGGCCGGAAACUGACAUCACCUCCAUCCAACAGCACGGAGCCCAACAACUGACCUCCACCUCUCCUCCAUCCAACAGCACGGAGCCCGGCAACUGACACCACCUCACCUCCAUC